GGGGGCCUGGCGCCGGCGGCCCGGAGCGUGCGCAGGCGCGGGGGAGCCCUGGGAUUCAUGGCGGAAGUGGACCUGGUCGCCGAGUUCCCCCAGCCCGCCGGUGCUGCGCGCUGGGCCGAGGUUAUGGCUCGCUUCGCCGCCCGGCUAGGCGCGCAGGGAAGACGGGUGGUGCUGGUGACGUCCGGCGGCACCAAGGUCCCGCUGGAAGCUCGGGCAGUGCGCUUCCUGGACAACUUCAGCAGCGGGCGGCGCGGGGCCACCUCGGCCGAGCUCUUCCUGGCCGCGGGCUACGGGGUCCUGUUCCUACACCGCGCCCGCUCUGCCUUCCCCUUUGCCCACCGCUUCCCGCCCCAGACCUGGCUGUCAGCUCUGCGGCCCACCAGCCCAGCCACUUCGGGCUCACUGAGCCUGGAGGUCGAGGAGAAGGCACUCCCGGGCUUCGCUGCGGCUCUGAGGAGCUACCAGGAAGCUGCGGCUGCCGGCACCUUCCUGGCCAUAGAGUUCACCACUUUGGCGGACUAUUUGCAUCUGCUGCAGGCUGCGGCCCAGGCGCUCAAUCCGCUAGGCCCAUCUGCGAUGUUUUAUCUUGCGGCAGCCGUGUCAGAUUUCUAUGUUCCUGUCUCUGAAAUGCCUGAACACAAGAUCCAGUCAUCUGGGGGCCCUCUGCAGAUAACAAUGAAGAUGGUGCCAAAAAUGCUUUCUCCUUUGGUUAAAGACUGGGCUCCCAAAGCAUUUAUAAUUUCCUUUAAGUUGGAGACUAAUCCCUCUAUCAUAAUUGAUCGUGCACGGAAUGCUUUGGAAAUUUAUCGACAUCAAGUGGUGGUGGCUAAUAUCCUUGAGUCACAACGAUCCUUUGUGGUUAUUAUAACCAAAGACUCAGAAACUAAGUUAUUGCUAUCAGAGGAAGAAAUAGAAAAAGGCAUGGAAAUAGAAGAGAAGAUAGUGGAUGAUCUUCAGUCCCGACACACAGCUUUUAUACAAGGCAAAAAUUGAAGGAUCAAAAACUAUAGGAUCAAAAAUUGUUCGGUGGACCAGGGCUCUUACAGAUGGUGAAAACUAGAAUAAAUCCUUUGCUUUCAUAAAGACAGAGAAAAUGAAGGGAAAAAGCAGUGAGUGAUGUGCAGGCGAAUAUGGUUUGCUCUUUGUUUUUUAAAGGUCAUUUCAUACCCAUUAAAAAUGAAAACGAAAGCAGAGCAAUUAUGACUGACCCACCUGAACACAUUCACCUGAAUGUCAUCUUGAUUUUAAAAUCAACAUGAGCUGUUUCUCACCCUUAAAAAAAAAAAGAGCUUAUUUGGAAUUCUAUUCCUUAAAAUAUACAUGUGGGGCCUGAAUAUCAACCAUCUUCAUACUAUAAAGUGAAUUAUGGUUUCAUGAAUGGCCAUGCUUUGAAGAUCAGUUGUUGAUGCCUUCUAUGUGGUUGGCCUUGAUGAUUAUGAGGAUUAAAAAGAUGAAUAAACAUGUCUAGUUUGGGAAAUGGAUAUAUAAAAAAUUAAGUGCAAUAAAGUGUGUGCCCAAAAGUUGA